CUUCUCCUUAAUGGGUCCUUUCUUAAAGCCUUUCAUGUCUUAAAGAAACAUGCACGGGUUCUGGAGCUGUUUCACUCGGUUUACGAUUGUAAACUACAUGUAUCAAUGGGCACAGGAUGGUGUCAUUUGUAGGAUAUGACAAGUGGUGUCUAUUGGCAGGAUUUGGUAGCAGGGAGCUGCAGAACGUGCAAGCCCACAGCAGUGUAUUUUGUUUGUUUGUGACAGUGUUUUCUACACUUACGUAUUCCGUAAAGCCACCUUAUGUUGCACGGCUAUAGAAAGAUACUCUAUUAGAACUUAAAUAUUGGAGAAUGUGUGCAGACUAUUAGUCCAGUGAUCUCAAAGAGCACACUGGAAUUUUCCUUUUCUACUUGAAACACAGUCAUGACAGAUCAAGAGUAUGUUCUUUGCAUGUGGAAGGAGCAUUUAUGGCCAGCAAAGGUUUUGUGCAAAACUGGAGUUGCUGGGAAAACAUCUGUUACUAAUGCAAAGGAGACUUUUAAAGUUGAAAUAGUUGGCUUGGCAGAACAGAUUAGUGUGAACUGUGCAGAUGCUGUACCGCUGAAGAAAGAAUGUAUAGAAAACAUCGCCUCUAACUUAAAUCAAAACAAUAAUUCAAGUGAUGCUGUCAAAGAACUGACAUAUCGCCGUUCUCUUAAAAUUGCCCUGGAUAUUUUGAAUCAAAAUGACUCAGCCAAACAAGUACCACCUUCAGAAGAAGGACCGAAUACUCAGUUAUCCCAGGAGAACAAUGUAGAAUUUCUCUCAUCUACCCACUUACGUAGCUGUCGAUCGCUUUUUCACUCCAAAGACAAGCCAAAGCCUAAGGCUUCUGGAAUGACGAAAAGGGAACAAGAAAAUAACCCCAGCCUGAAGACUGAUACAAAAGAACAAACCCAGAAAGGUUCUGUCAUUUUGGAGAACGCUAAAGCACAUGAAAGUGGAACAGACCCUUCCAGAUGUGGUGCUGGGGACUUGAACAAUACAUCAAAGUCACAUAGUCAAAAUUGCAAAAUAUCAGAAUCACUACCAGGACAGAAAAAAACCAAACCCAGCUCACUGAAAAAGUCCAAAACAAGUAAUGAAGUCUCCCUUGUGCCAAAGGAGGAAAAAAGUAAGCAAGGAAGAAAAGGACAAAGAGGUGCAGGAUCACCCAUAUCGUGUAGGAAUGAUUUCCUCGAGGAUCAAGGACAGCUGCUUGCUGAGGAAGGGUCUCUGCUGUCUGUCCCCUGCACAUCUGGCACGGUGGUACCUGUCCGCAGGGCAAACAGCAGAGGGGACCCUAGGAGGACAUUACUGGAUUCCUCUUGUAAAAGUGCCUUGGAUGAUUAUGAAAAAAGCAUCAAUAACGACAGUGAAAGUCUAGCAAAGCCAUUAAAUAGAAGUGAAAAGCCAGUGAGUUUAAAAUGGAAUGAUGGAGAUCAGCAGAUCAGUGCAACUGUGUCCUCGUACAGAAAAACGAAUUGCCCUGGGUCUUCGAGCCAUGGGAUGUGUUCUGAGAGCUUCCCCUCUCUGUGUAAGGAGGAGGAAAAGAAAACUUUAUACAUGGUUAUGAAUAAAGUGAAGCAGUUUCAGCUGCCUGACUUUGAGGAAGAUGAAGGGAUGGAAUCGUCUGACCUGCCCUCAGAGGCACUUCCCUCAGAGAGUCUGUUUUGUCUCUCGGCUCUGGUAGAUGAAGAGGAGGAGGAUGAGGAACUUCCUAGUGUUUUAUCACAUCAAGAACCACAAUCAAUUGAAGAAGGGAUUUUGGUCUGGUGCAAAUUGCGAAGGUAUCCUUAUUGGCCAGCAGUGGUUAAAUAUGUGAAGCGGAAAUACAGAAAGGCAUGUGUGCUCUUAAUAGAAGGAAAUACAAAUGACAAGACAAAAGGUUUCUUGGUACCUCUUAAGAAUCUGAAGCACUUUGAUUGUAAAGAAAAGCAACACCUCAUAGAACAAGCCAAGGAAGAUUAUCGCCAAGAAAUUGAGUGGUGUAUUCGAUUGAUUUCUGAUUAUCGCAUUAGAGUAGGUUGUCACUCUUUUACGGGAUCCUUCUUGGAAUAUUUUGCUGCUGAUAUCAGCUACCCAGUCAGAAAGGAAGGUUAUCAAGGUUUAGUCCAAAUGACCUUUCCAAACAUAGCAGAUGAACAUAUUGAGGAGUAUGUUGAAGAAACUUCACCUCGGAAACCCUCCAAGAAACUUCUUCCUGACAGAACAAGAGCCGCUAGAGAUAAAGCGAAUAAAAAGAUAGUGGAGUUUAUAGUGAAGAUGAAGGGGGCUGAAGAGCAUCUUUUGGCUAUUUUGAAAAGCAGAAAACAAUCCCGCUGGCUCAAGGAAUUCCUGAAUUCAAGUCAGUAUGUGACCUGCAUUGAAACUUAUUUAGAGGAUGAAGAACAAUUAGACCUUGUAGUGAACUACUUGAAGGAAGUAUAUCAUGAAACACACAGUAAAAAUCUGCAUCAAAUAAAUGGAGAUGGAAUCAAAUUUAUUUCAGACGUCCUUUUGCCUGAAGCCAUCAUUUAUGCAAUUUCUGUUGUGGAUGACAUUGAUUACAAGAAGGCAGAGGAGAAGUACAUAAAAGGACCAUCUGUGAGCAAGAGGGAGAGAGAAAUAUUUGAUGAAGAAAUUAUAGGAAGAAAAAAGCGGAAGACCAAACCAGCAUCUGCAGGCAGCACCUGAACGGUGGUACAAACUUUCCCAAGUCACACUGGCACUGACUAUAUAUAACAAAGUGGUUAUUUAUAUAAAAUGUGUAAUUUUUAGCAUCUAUGUGCAUAUCUUCAAAAAAAAUGUAACCAUUCUAAUGAGAUACUACUGUCAAGUCAGAUACAGUUGUGUCUUCAGUUCUUGCUCUCGAUUCCACGGAUGGGAGCUCCACGAUGCUUCCUCUGGUUUUGCUGUGUUGACCUGCCCGUAAAAGCCACCGCAAACAGUGGAGGAGUGCCGUGGGUGCACGGCCGCCUCGGUCCUCAUCCAUUCAGUGUACUUGGAGCCUUUGAAAGUUCUACGUUAAGUGCUUUGCAGACCUCCUUGAUAUAAUACUAAGUUUUAUAUGAAUUAUUUUGGCCAACUACCUGACAAAGGAAGGGCUUUGUCCUCAGAAGCGCGCGUACUGGUAAAUGAUGUAGCCAGAUAUUGCCUGAUGACUUCACUGCUACUGACUGUGUGCAGGUUUCCCACCUGGAAACAUUUCCAGUGGUGACUGUUCUUGCUUUACGUUUCUCUCAAACUGUGGGAAAUAAAAUUGGUACCUAGCGAUGCAAUCCGAAUAACAAGGGCUAGGGUUUUGUUGAUGGGACAGCUGUAAAAUUCAGUGGGAAAGGAAUCAAGUGUUUGCUUAAACAAAAACCCAGUCACUUUUCCUCUUACAAGUGAAACCAUUUUGAAUGCUGUUUUAUUCGGUUUUAAGGCUGUGACCUUAGGAACGCUUUUAAUUGUUUUUGUCUGAUUUAAGUACCAGAUUGAAUCAUGUAGUUUCCUGCCAAGCUUUUGCUACAAGUGUAGCAUAUUGCAAACGGCCUUUGACAGACUUGUGGUGUUACAACUAUUAAUGAUAAAACCCCAAUGAUUAAUAUUUUUCAGUAUUUUAAUGUAAAUAUGAUCUACUUGCUUGUCCAAUAGAAACCAAGAUGAUUUGAAAAUAAUGAAGAAGUUUUAAAUGUUAAUUGGGAUACAGUUGUAUGUUCUGGCUAUAAUAAUUAUCUGAAUGUAUUUUAAUUAUGCUUUUAAUUAUAAUGAGUUUCAGAUGUGUUUGGCACCCUUAUUCAUGUUAUUAAAGGGACAUUCACAAGUACGUAAAUUAUAGAAAUGCAAGAGGUAUUUAACUGGAUUGUUGGUUAUUUUUCACUAACAGUCGUGAGAAGGGAUAAUGCAUUUUCUGUGACAGUAUAAAUCUGAUGACAAGUUGAGAGUGUUGACUCUGGAGCUGUGAGCAGUGCUUACAAAUGGAGAGGGGCCAGGGUUUGCGUGCAGAUUUGGAAGGCAGAACCUUCCUGCCCUAUAAACCUGGCAGUGAUGGGGACAUUCAGGUAUCCUCGGGUUCCCCCUCCUUUAAAACAUGAAUCAUGGGUGUGCUUCUCCACUGAAGUACUGAUAAGCUCGUCCUUCAAACCACUGCCCAGAAGCAGAACUCCCAGAACACCUGCCCUUUGUCUCAGUCCUUCCUCUUCAUAUCUUUUGGCUAAUCCUGUCGUAGUUUGAUUCAGCAUGUUGUCACUUGAAAAAUCCAACUGUGUUCCUCUGCCUAAGGAAGUACUUUAAAGAAGGACUCUUUACAAUUUAAAAUCUUUAAAAACUGCUUUUGACUUCUGAACCAGGUGUUCAAGGUUACUUUGCAGCGCUGUUUGUACCUCGAGACCAAACUCAAUCUUGCGAUGUCUGGAAUUAUGUGGUCUUAAUUAAAAGUCGGGUGAAACACA